AUGCUUCCUCAGCAUCAUGGGUCAUCGCACUCUCAUCAUUCGCACCAUCAUGAUCAUGCACAUGGUAGUCAUCUACACAAUCACUCUCAUCACAGCAUCCACGGCGUCAACAACAUCGACAACACCAACAACAUCAACAACAUCACCAACAUCACCAACAUCAACAACAUCACCAACAGUAUCAACGACAGCACAUCAACAACACCAACCGAAGACACCGAGCACAGAUGCUGCUGGUUGGUAUCAGAAGACAGCGUAUGUGCGCAAAUAUUUGAGUCGACCCGCGCACUGUCAGCGCACAUUGUGGCCGAGCACGUCGGCUCGCGCAAGCAGGAAUACACAUGUUUCUGGAAAGGCUGCGAGCGCAACACGCGGCCGUUUUCGCAGCGGCAGAAGAUCAUACGGCAUCUACAGAUCCACACGCACGACCGGCCGUUCGAGUGCCGGGUGUGUGGGCGGCGGUUUGCGGAUCAAGGCGUGCUGGCGCAGCAUGAGCGGAUUCAUUCGGGGGAGAAGCCGUUUGAGUGCAAGAUGUGCGGGAAGCGGUUUGCGGCGAGCACGGCGCUGUCGGUGCACUUGCGGAUACACACGGGCGAGAAGCCGCUGCAGUGCAAGUGGCCAGGGUGCGGGCGGCGGUUUUCAGAGUCGUCUAAUCUGGCGAAGCAUAUGAAGACGCAUACGAACGAGAAGAAGUACAAGUGCGAGGUUGACGGGUGCGGGAAGGAGUUUCUACGGCAUGACCAGUAUGUUAGGCAUUUGAAGACCCAUCGGAGUGAGAGCGAGGAGGGCGGGUGUGAAGGGCCUCGGGCGCAUGUCAAGGGAAUGAUUAAGCAGGAGGGGACGGUGGUUGAUGGGUUUGGACGGACGUUACAGGGCAGGGUCAAUGUGUAUGUGUAG